GGGUGUGGAGGUUGCGAGUUCCAUAGCGAGGUUCUUGAUAUCUGCCUAUUUGCCGCCUGCGAAUACUCCCAAACGGUCGAUUGAAUCGGUUCAGCCUUUGCAGACCACAUUAAAGAACAAAAUGGCCGACGAAGUUGCUGAGUAUGUCAUCAAGUACCGAAUGGCCCGUGCAGCUCUUGGGCUCGAGUUGCUGGGAUGUAUUCUAGAGUGGGAGGAUUUCGACGCCGAGGCAGACGCUGUGGCCCUCGACGACGCGAUCCGUGGAGCAGGUACCGACGAAGAUGCAAUAAUCGAGAUCCUAGCCAACCGAACAAAUGAACAACGUCAAAUGAUUGCAUUCAAAUAUAGGGCUUGCUUCGGAAAGGACUUGAAGGAGGAGCUCCGUGAUGAGGUCAGAGGUAACUUGGAGAAGACCGUGGAAGCUUUGAUGGAUUCACCCCCAAUGUAUGAUGCCAAGACAUUAAGAGCUGCUAUGAAGGGUCUUGGAACUGAUGAAGAUACCAUCAUCGAGAUUAUGUGCACGAGGGUUAAUGAGGAAAUCGAAGCUAUCAAGAUGGCAUACCAAAUAGAAUUCGACAGAGAUCUUGCUGAAGAUUUGGAAAGCGAAACAUCCGGGAACUUCAAGUACCUGAUGCAGUGUAUCUGUGCAGGUGGUCGUGAUGAAUCUGGAGAGGAGGUUGAUGAAGAUAAGGCAGUAGAGGAUGCACAAGAGCUCUUCGAUGCUGGUGAAGAUAGGUGGGGCACAGAUGAGAAUGUUUUCAACCGUAUCCUAGCAACGAGAAGCUUCCCUCAACUUAGGGCAACAUUCCUCGCGUACAACGGAAUUGCGGGUUGUGACAUUGAAGAUUCGAUCCGAGGCGAGUGCAUGGGUGACCUUCAAGAUGGCUAUCUAGCUAUUGUCAGCCGUGCUCGUGAAGUAGGCCAAUACUUCGCUGAGCGUCUCUACGACUCCAUGAAAGGAGCUGGCACUGACGAAGACAAACUCAUCAGGAUCGUCAUCUCUAGAUCAGAGAUUGACCUUAAGCGUAUCAAGAUCGCAUUCUUUGCCAAGUACGGCCAGACCCUCCACGCCUUCAUCGAGGACGACUGCUCAGGCGACUUCAAGAAGAUGCUGCUCGCUAUCCUCCACGGUGAAAACGACGAGGAAUAGACCGACACCGUUGUCUAUUUCGAAGGCGCAGUCGACGUCGAAAUAGUGCAUAUGAUGUGGAUAUGUCGGGAAAACAGGAAAAGCGGGGGGGGGGGUAUUAAUAUGUAUAGUAUGCGAAGUUAUUGAAAUCAAGUGACUGGAAACUUUUUAACAAAACAAAUGAAUUAUCACUUGAUGAUUACAUUUAUGCUAAAUUAUUAACAUUUAAUUGUAACUUUCAUGCCGUUUAAAAAAUCAAUUACUGGUCAUGGAUUUAGCAUUAAAAACAUGCAAUAUAUACACACACACAAGAAAAAAAAAUGAAUUACAUACAUGCUGGUUUUUGAUAAAAUAUUUUAGAUAACAGUGUUGACUUUUUAAAGCAAUACUUAAACUUAACAUUGGUAUUUCAUUUUCAAACCUUUGGUGAAAAUUUUGAAUAUUUCAUAUGGGAUACAAAAAUUUAGAAAAAGGAGAAUAUUCAGCAGUUUAUAGAAACCAUUGUAAAGUAAUCUUUUGUUCAUCGUCUUUGUCUUUUUACGUCUAUCUGUUUUGUUAUUCUUUCGACACCCUCUGUUUUAUGUGUCUGAGAAGAACCAAGAAGUACAUAAUGGCGAUUUCUUAUUUUUAGUUAUAUUUUUUAUGUUUCUGUAUAAUCUUUGAUAAAAGCUUUGAAUAAGAUUGACAUGUUUCCUCAUCUCUCACAGUGUAUUGAGGAAAAAAGAAACCUAAAAUGAAACCUAAGCCUAACACCUGCUUACAAACUUACCAUUUUUUUUCAAAAUUUAAAUCUGCGCUAACUUCUUUUAAAAUUCUUUAUUUGUCUUCUUCUUACUAUCUAAGUGCUUUACUUUAAU